AUGUAUUAUUCAUUUUCAUCAUUUUUAUUACUUUUAUUUAUAGCCAAUUUUUAUUUUGUGGAUUCAUCGACAUUUUCAAUUCAUGAACAACAUCUUGUUGAAAUGCAAGAUAAAGUUACUUCAGCUAACGGUCUGAAUAAUGAAGUAGAAAUCUACCAAGUCGAUGAAAAUUCAGAACCAACACUAAUUUCAAAAUUACCUGUUGGUACUCCACAAACAUUUGUUGGUAACAGUACCGCAAAUGGAUUUCCUUAUCUGUUUUUUAGAAUGGACCCUACUCUUGGUCUUGGCUUUACCUUUUUAGUGAAAAACAAUACAAAUGAUACCUUUAAACUUACAACUUUGGAUAAAUAUAAAAUGGUAUCUUAUUUCAAUAUCUCUAAAUUUGAUAUAUACAUUUGCGAACUAGAGUAUAUGAUCAUUCAAUAUAUUUGCACAACAGCUCCUUCUUGCCCCGUCACAAUUGGUUUUUACCCUAAAAAUCAACCAUGUCUUGCUCAAAACUAUUCAAACCAACCAAAAAUGCCAGUGAAUAUGACUACCGGUAUUAAUUAUUCACCUCGUUCGAAAGAAAGUGAAUUAGAAUUUCUUAACGAGAGCUCCAGUACUGGAACAAAUGAAACCGAAACUAGUACAACUGGAAUUCAACCGGAGGGACCUGGUACAACUCUUGGCAAAAGUAUCAUUAUUUCAGGGGACUCUAACAAGUUAUUUUCUGUUCCUCUCAUUUCAUUGACUUUGACUUUCACUUCAUUUCUUUUCUCUUAUUUAAAAGAGAAAUUUGGUGUUAAAUCAAUAAAGUAUGUUUUGGAGAAUAAUAUAAUACCUUCAAAAAUAUAUAUGGAAGGCUAUCAGCAAAUCUAUAAUUGCCUUUCAACGAACUCUAUUUCCUUGGACAUGCUAUACCAAAAAAUCACAUCAACGAUAAGAAACUAUCUAUAUAAUGUCAAAUCAGAACAAUUCUUUUACAAACCAAAAACAAUUAAUGAUGAUCUUUAUCAUUCACAACAACUGUUUAACACAUUUUUUGCAUUAUGGUCAGCCUUUAAGAAAUCGAUGAGAACCAUUAAUACUAUUAUAGCGCCGAUUAUAAGAUGUAAUUAUUUCGAAGGAAAACAAAGCUUCAUCAGUUCUGGUUAUCAUUUGUUCAAACAGAUUAUCAUCGAAUCUACCAUAUUAGAAUCAAAAGGAAUUGAUACAAACCAAAACAUUGAUAACAAAGAAAUGUAUUUAUCAAUACUCGGUGAAAUCAAUAAUAGCCAUUAA